AUGCGCGGAAUCGUGUUCGUUUACAGAGGAAGUUCUAGACCACCUCGACCUAAGGUUCCGAAAUGCAUUCGUGAUGUGGUUGUACCGGAAAUUGACUGGGCAACACUGUUUCGUACAGCGAUGAUGAUCUUGCCAGAUGGUACAGAGAUGGCGAGAAGUGAGUGGCACAGGCGUAAGAACUCGCCUCUGUUCUCCCCAACGCAUUUCGCAAGUAUCCACUACGCCCUUAUCAAUCAUAGAAAAGCACGCUUUAACUCCGGGGCUAGAACUCUUGCUUGUCUCCUGACUUAUAAGAAGCUCAAGCACGCGCGCAUAUGUAGGUAG